AUGUCUGAAGUGCCACAAGGAGAGAAGUUGGGAAGCCCAAAUUGUGCAGGCGGUAAAAGGGAGUCGAAAUCGAAGAGUGGUAAAGAUUUGAAACUAGAAAGGAAACGAAAGCCUUGCGCAAAUCCACUGCAACGCGGAAUCGAGGAAUUUAUUAUCUCCCAAGUUCCUCUCUCUUUGAUUGAGGAUCAUUUUAUCAAUCUGUCGGAUUUGACAUGUUCCCUCCCAAAACGCUACACUGUAUACCCCCCUCUGCUACUUUUACCACAGAACACCUUCACUUCCAACCACCACUGGGAAAGAUUAAUAGCAAUCUUGGAUAAAGAACUCUUACAAGCGUUAUGUCAAUGCAUUGUGAAAUCAUUUUCAGCCCAAGGAGUUACACAUGUCGCACUAAAUGCCCCUAUUGCACUUGAAAAACGAGAUACGAAAGAAGAAAAUCGAAUGCGGAGCCCCGCAGGCGUAGUGCCACUCUAUGGUGAUUAUGGACAUCUACCAACUCAUUCUAACGCUGAAAGAGAGGAGAACCCUACGCCCUCAGAUCUACAAUCAGCAUUCUGGGUCCGUACAGUACAGAAUUCAGGUAUUAUUCAAGUUUGGGCGCCGCUGUUCUCAAUGUUCAGCAGGGGUAAUAUUGUCGAGAAAGCACGAAUCCUCGGCGCCGAAUCCAACUUCGAGGGGCUUACAGAUACAGAAUUGCGCCAAAACUUGAAAGAUGUUGCUGUUGUUGAUAUGUAUGCGGGAAUUGGAUACUUUGUAUUCUCGUACCUGAAAAGGGGUAUUGGGCGGGUAUGGGCGUGGGAGUUGAAUGGAUGGUCAAUCGAGGGGCUCAAAAGAGGAUGCGAGGCCAAUGGUUGGGGCUUUAAAUGCUUGCGAAUUGACACAUUGGGGAAGUUGAGUGGUCUCGAGGAGCUGAUAGAGCGCCUAAGCGAUGAGGACCGAGUUGUGGCAUUUCAUGGCAGUAAUGAAUAUGCUGUGCCAAUUUUGUCGCAGGCGAAAGAAAUGUUGGAGAGGAAGCAAGCUUGGAAAUGCAUUCGACAUGUGAACCUUGGUUUAUUACCUACUUCCAAAGGAUCCUGGGACGGAGCAGCGCGGAUAUUGGAUCGUCAGAGCCAGGGAUGGAUUCACGUACACGAAAAUGUUGAUACUCCAAGUAUCGAUAAGAGACGGGAGGAAAUUGCGAAUGAUAUCAAGUCCCUAGUGUGUUCAGCUCGAAACAUACAGCCGGCAACGGCCUUGCAUUCAAUAACAUGCCGCCAUGUGGAAAACGUCAAGACCUAUGCUCCGGGGGUUAUGCACUGCGUCUUUGAUAUUCAUGUGCCACCGGUGACAUCUAUGGCAAUCUCUGAAGAAUAG